GGGAGCGGGGCUGGGGCCGCCGGUGCCUCGGGGAGGCUUCAGCUCUCCUGUUUAUUUCUAAAUGAUUUUUGUCUGAACUCUCUCCCACCCCCCCUUUUUUCCUCUUUCUGAUGGAAAUAAGUGCCAAAAUGCCCUCAUCCCGAAAAAUUGUUAAAAACAGCCCACAGCGUAGCCAGUCAAAGUAGAAUAUACCGCCCUUAACGUAAGUGUAAGGGUUGAGUGUUCUGGAUUCUAGUGUGCUGUGCGUGCCCUCGGAGGCUUAUUUGAAAGUUGUUUUUUUUAUAUUUUCAUUUAUGAAGUAUGAUAAUAAAGAGAUGUUGUGCUUUUGAUUCUAGCGGGUUUUUAUUGAGUCCGUUUAACGGGAAAAGGGGAUGGUAAUUUUUUUUUUUUUAUUCAAGGCAGUGCGUACAGAUAAAACCAAAGCUGAUGAUCACAGGUGUAUGUAAAUUUAAUUUGAGUCCUCACAAGUGCUUUGAGGAAAGUAAAAAUGUUUUUCCUUUUCUUUAGGGUGUCGGCAACAGAAGUGAAUGACAAUUCUGGUACUUUUUAGUUCCAAACAAGAUGAAGAUCCCCUCUUUGCUGCUGAGAUUCCCUCGCUGUUAUUUCUCCAGAAGAACUUACUCCGUGAACUUUGGCUUCGCUUCCCGAGCAGAUUUCCUGGGUGCCCAGUCUCUUGAGUCAGCGCACCGCUGCCAUACAAAAUGGAUUUGUUCAUCGAAUUGUUUGAGGAGAGAGCUGUGCCAGCAAGCAGCCCCUGAGCAGCAAGCAGAGGGACUUUCUGACCGGGAGCAGAGACUUGUAGACAGACUUUACCAUGGGCUAAUCCAGCGCCACAGAGCCUCUUUAGCCGAAGCCAUUACACUCAUAGAAUCAACUCACAGCGGAAAGAAGAAAGUAGCCCAGGUGCUCCUUCAGAAGGUAUUAUCGUACCACAGGGAACAAGAAAAGUUAAAUCAGGGAAAGCCACUUGCCUUUAGAGUGGGGUUGUCUGGUCCUCCUGGUGCUGGAAAGUCAACCUUUAUUGAAUGCUUUGGGAAGAUGCUUACAGAAAGAAACCACAAAGUGUCUGUGUUGGCUGUGGACCCUUCCUCUAGUACAAGUGGUGGUUCCCUACUGGGUGAUAAAACACGGAUGACUGAGUUGUCAAGAGACAUGAAUGCAUACAUCAGACCAUCUCCGACCAGUGGGACACUGGGAGGUGUCACAAGGACCACAAAUGAAGCCAUUCUGCUCUGUGAAGGAGGAGGCUACGAUAUUGUUCUUGUGGAAACAGUAGGUGUGGGCCAGUCAGAAUUUGCUGUGGCUGAUAUGGUUGAUAUGUUUAUAUUACUGCUACCACCUGCAGGCGGAGAUGAAUUACAGGGCAUCAAACGGGGCAUCAUUGAGAUGGCAGAUCUGGUUGCUAUCAAUAAGGCUGAUGGUGAUUUAGUUGUGCCUGCCCGGAGGAUCCAGGCUGAGUACAUCAGUGCUAUGAAGCUGCUUCACAAGCGUUCAAAAGUUUGGAGGCCAAAGGUGAUGCGCAUCUCUGCCAAAACUGGGGAGGGCAUCUCGGAUGUGUGGGAUAAAAUGAGCGAGUUCCGGGACCUCAUGCUCACAAGCGGCGAGCUGCUUGCCAAACGGCGGAAGCAGCAGAAAGUGUGGAUGUGGAACCUCAUCCAGGAAAACAUGCUGGAGCAUUUCCGGAGUCACUUGGCAGUCAAGGAUAAGAUCCCACUUCUGGAAGAAAAAGUUCUCAGAGGAGUCUUGUCUCCUGGGCUGGCAGCAGACCUGCUGCUGAAGGCAUUCAAAGAUGGUCUCUAAGCAUUGUUUUCUACUCUGUUCUUGACAAGUGCUUUAUGUAAACGUGAACAUUAAAUACACUUUUUCUAUGUGGGGGUUCAGAUGUUUUGCUGCAGCAGAAAUGAAUAGAAAACCUAUCCAGUACUAUGCAAAAGAAUUCUGUUGGAUUCUGUAUAUGCAGUGAUCAUGACAAUUCUAAACACUCAUUAAGAGAUUACUACACACUAUUGGAAAAAACUGAAUUUCCAAAUCUUCUAUUUCUACAUGCCAUAGAUCUGUUGAUAAAAACUGGAUGCCCAUGUGAAAUGAUUGGGUUUGGGGAGGGCAGGAGAGUGAGGUUAGUGGUGGUGCAGGGUUUGAUUCUCGUGGGGUCAUCUCAGAGCAGUUGACACUGCGGCUUUCCAUUCUAAUAUAGCAGCAGCUGUUGCCAGAAUGGAUUGCAUUUUCUUUCCUCACCUUGAGUGACAGCAAAAGCAUUGCACUGCCUGACAGCACCAGACCACAGCCUUAGUUUUAAAUAAAUUAUAUGACUAUAAAUAGAACACAGUGGUGUUUGGUCCCACUUUGGAAGCUGUAGUUAGUUAUUACACUGUACAGUAGGAGAAGGGAAUUUUAACCAUCUGGUUUCAAAAUAGAUGUUUCAUUAAAGAGCAAAAUGUAGUCAGACUUUUUUUUACAUGCAGACAUCAGAUUGGACAAAUUUUACCCAUGAUAGCAAAUGUCUUUAUACUAGAAUUAUUUGUCUCUAAUGUUUUGUGGUUUUCUGAUCUAACUUAGGUUUUUUUGGAUUCAAACAAAAUGGCCAGUCGUGUUUGGUAUUUUUUCUUUACCUCUUGCAGAAGACAGGACUGCUUCCAACCAAAAGCAUGUUUUAUUUUCUAUUUUCCCUUUCCUGAUCUGUGAUCUAGAAGGCAGAGCUCAUCUGGUACCCACUAAAUGUGAAGGAUAAAGUGGAAAAGUGCUGAUUUUUGGAGACCUGACAAUAAAAAUAGUAAAACAGGAGAAUUUGUGAGCCUGGUACUUAGAUAAAUUAAUUUUUAAAGAAAUAUCUUGGAAGUGAUAAUUUUCACAGUUUUGAUUUUCUGGACAUGCAUGUAAAAAGGUAUGGUGACUUUAGCUCAAUAUCACCUGUUUGGCUUCUAGCAACCCAAUUCCAGUAUAGCAGUAAAUUGGGUUACUUAAAUCCUCUUUUUACCUUCAUGGUGUUUGUUUUUUUUCCAGUGUUUUGUUCCCCUCAAAAUAUUUUUUCUUUACUUUUCCCUUAUUCCAGUUGUUACAUAAUGAUCCCUUUUGCCUGCUAGGCACUGUUUGCAGUGAAACACUAAGGAAGGGCAUUGUGAUGUUUUGGGGGCCAUACAGCUGAGGUAUUUCUUUGGUGAGAAAGUUUGCACUGGGGUAGCCGUGUUAGUGGUGUCCACAACCUAAAUUGUCAGAACUUCUGCGCUCUGACCACUUACUCCUGUUUCUUAAUCGCUACUUUGGGGCUGCUGCAAUCAGUUACAAAGAAGCAGCUGAAGGAAUGUAUGGAGUACCAGAAAUACAGUGACUUUGUUAUGACCAUGCUGAAUUGUGAGAGAAAUGCAGUGCUUACAGUUUCUUUUUUAUUUAAACAACCUCUAUUGAAUAUGACAGAGAGUGCCCAAAACCAAAAGCAACGUCUUGUGUCCUUUGCAUCUUUUCAGCUUUAAGUACUGACUGUAUUUUUUGGUACCUUGUAGAUGAAAUGACAGGUAGGAAAUGACUGCAGCAGCAUUCUAACCAGUAAGUUUUCAAUUUUUUGAUAGUCCCUUUGUUUCAGGUGGCAGUUUUUGAGGUGACCUCAUUUGUGUUUAUCCGUUAGAUCAAACCCUUAUUAUAGUUAUUACUACUUCUGUCAGGACUGCUCAUGUCUGUUAUACAUGAGCUGCCAAGUAAGUAAAACAGAACCGGCAGCUUUGUUUAAAUGACACCUGCUCAUGCAGAAUAUGUUGUACAGCUUCUUCAGUAUUUAUUUUCUGGAUGCAGAUCUACUGAUCCACUCAAGCCGUGGGCUAUCAUUUUCUCAUUUUGUUGCUUUUAUAAUAUUAUUAAUUUACAAAUGAACUCUUAGCAAAAGUGCAAUGGCUUAAGCAUGUUCUUUGAACUGCAUUUUCCUCAUAUAGCAGAGCAUUAAAUGAAAAUACGAUUUGCCUUCUUUAUGUAUUCAGUUAUGUCUUAUGCUUCAGUAGAUCGAGUAAUAUCCUUAGGAGUGUUUGGAAAUGAAACAGUAAAUGAGGGUUCCUGUUUUGUUUUUCAGUGAUUCCUCUACCAAACUGAAAAGCUGUCCUGUGUAAACUGUGAACUGAGCUUUCCAUGUGCUAAUGAAAUCAUUUGUUUUACAGCCUGUAAAAUUUUGCUGUGAUGUGGUUUGGAGCGAACUGCUGCUCAGUUUGUGCAGUUUUGUUCAUGUUCUCAUGGGCUGGGCAGAUGCAUUGUUUUUAGAAGGACUGCAGAGCUUCAGCUGGUCAGCUACACUUCUAUAAAAAAUCCACUAUGUCCCUAGAUAGGGAAGAAUGUUUCCAGCUCAUCAUUUUUAGCUCUGUGGAUUAACUUGGCUAAAAUGCAUUACAAUACUGUUAUUCAAGUAAACAGCCUUCUGAAAAAAGAUAGUAAACAAAUCUGUUGAGUAGGAUGUUGACAUAUUCUUAGUUUCUGGAGUUGUCAAGCUGCUCUCAUGUUAACACUUAAACCCACAGCUAUUGCAGAAUAGUAGGGGAAAAUAAUAUAACUUCAUGAGAAGCCAAUAGCAAGAUGAAGUUUGUAGCUGGAGGUAUGACAAACUGUUAGACACACGAGUAUGGAGUAAGGAAUAAACUGGUUAGAUACACAAAGUUGUUUUCUACAAGGUCUUGCAGUUGUCUAUAAGUGUGAAAGUUUUCCCCAGGUCCCUGUGUGAUAGAGGUUGCUGGUGUUUCACAGCUGGGGAAAACAAGUGUGGUGAGAUCAAGUGAUUUACCCAGGACUCUGAAACAGGUCAGAGAGUGUAAGGGUUGCAGUUCAGUAGUCUUUACUCUGAGCCCCACGUAUAUUUACAGCCACGUUACUUAAGGUUGGAAAAAUGCUCUUAGCAAGUUCAUGCUCUUAGUGUGACUUAUUCCUUUCAUAUCUAAUCUCUCUGUUUUCAGUGACAGGACCCAGUGACCCCUUCUUGACUACUAUUCUGUUGUAAUGUCCUGCUUUAAGUAAUAAAAAACUUUCCUUUGAUAUCUAAUCUGCCCUUGCCUUCUGUAAAUGCAUUACUUCCUGUUAUGCAUACUGCUUCAGCCUUUAUGUUCUCCUCACACAUUGCUUAUUUGUGCAAUCUGCAGUGUGUUGGCUGUUUGAGAUUUUGGGGCAUGGAAGUUGAGGAAAGCUAAAGAAUACAAAGGAACUUUUUUUUUUUUUUACUGUAUGCAAGCUCCCUUCCUAAAGUUUUCUUUUGUAAUGUGGCAAGAUUCAAUUACUGCCUUGCUCUGUACUGGUACAAACAUCCUUAUUUCCUUUUUAUUUUCCUUUCUCAGAGUGCUCUGUUGUUCCCCCUUGGAUGCAGUCAAUAAGUAACAUACUAUAUGAGUUGAAAUGAGAAAAAUGUUUUUACAGAGUUUAGUGCUUCUGUAGUUAUUCCUGCUGGACUGUUCUAAAACAUUUAUAAUUUGAUGAAAGAUUGAACAAAAGUUGAUAAAGAGUGUAUUUAAGGAAACAUUAGUGUGUUCCUUGGAAGAGUUGACAGUCAUCAGUGCACAGACCGACUAGCAACAGGAUUCCUCUUCGGAAAACCAGCUACUCCACAGUCGUAUUCCUUACAGUUUAAAUAAAAGCAACCCAACCUUCUCAUAAUGGAACAUUACCAGCAUUUGUAAAUUGAGAAUAAAAAUUUCAAAAUUAAAAACUCAGAAGCAAUUAGAGUACAUACUUAGAAUGGAAGGAUGACAAAUGUGCUCUGUUCCCUCCUGUCAUACUAAGGUAUGGUUCAGCUGAUGAACAAGGAAGGAAAAGAGGGGCUGACGUCCACGACAGUGUAUGGAGAAGGUAUAUUAUGGAGCAGCAAGAGGAAUGCAUAUUUUUUCUCUAUUUUUCCUCCCAAGGGAGCAUGAAAAUUAUCUUGGAUAAUUCACUGUGAAGCCACAGAAACUGAUGUGAGUGACAAUGUUUGCUGUGUGAGGCUUACAAAAAUUAUAAAUUGGACUCUGUUCCUAUCUUUUGGAUUUGUGUGUUGCAUGGGACCAUGUGGUGCUUGUCCUUUGGCACUAGGUGGGUUUGUUUGUCAUUGUGCUCUAAGUGGGGAAUAGUUAGAUGAUCUUGUAGUUUGAGUAAGAGGUUGUUUACUUAUAACAACUUAAAAGCUCCACAUUUCAGAAUGUAUGAUAUAAUUCCUGUAUUUUUCCUUAAAAUACUAUGGCAAAAUGAGUUCCUGCGCUUUAUCACCGUGUCUUUGUUUCCUCUUAUGUCUCUUCCACUGGUAGAGUAGCCUAUAAAAGCUUUAGUUAUGCACCUUUUAACAUUCAUGAAGUUAAUCUGGAACUGACAACACUUCUGCUUUGUUUCUUCAAUUGAAAGUGACCACUGCAACCUAAAGAUUACAGCUUGUGAGAAGCCAAAGGCUUUUGAAGCUUCAGAGGCCUGGGCUGACCUGCCCUGUGAGGCUGCAAUGGCUGGGGAUGCCGCGGUGUGCCUAAUGAGAAGUUGCUGCACGAGCUGUGUGGCUGGGAGCAGGGCACACUCACACUGCUAAAGGUUUUCUCCCGGCCCUGAAUCUGCGAUCCUGUUUGUAGUUCUCUAAUUGCAGCCAGCAGAAGAUAAGGGUGAUGUUGGUUUUUAUGACUUGUUGCUUAGCAGCGUUGAUCAACAAAAGUACAACCUUUUCUUUUGCUGUAACCUCGGUGAACCCGGGCUUGGACGGAGCUCACCAGCGGGGAACAAGGGUUUCUGAAGCUGUGUGAAACUCCUGUGCUGUGUCUUGUUAGCAGCAUCUGAGGGAAGGCAUCUCUUCUUGAACUCUUGGUUACCUUUGCCCUUUACUCCCCUUUCUCUCUCUCAUCAAAUCUUAGAAGAAAGCUGGCAACGUUCUAGAAAGGUUUGGAGAAUGGGAAAUACAGGGACAAGUCAGCUGUACUAAGACGUAUCCUGCCUCUUUUCAGGAAGAGCAGCUAAGCUGGUUCCCAGUCUGUGAUGUCAGACCCUCCUCUCAUGGAAGGAGAAAGACUUCAGCCAUCACAGUAAGGUCUCUUCUUAUUUAGAGAAACUUUCCUAGUAUUUCAAAGUAGGCAAAAUUAUCCAUAGAGGAAAGGGCAAUUAGGGCACUAAGAAUUUCUUGGUUUACAUAUUUUAGAAGGGAUUUCACAAACUGAACCAGAAGUGGUAUUGAAUGUGGCUGAAAAUGAUUGAGGGUCUGCACUGAAUGUGUGCCUUUAUCUGAUCAAACCUGGCAAAGCCUGUAAAAUAAGAGCAAGGAGUAAGUUGCUUGUUUCACCUUAACUCUAAACUGUAAAUUGUUAGUCUGACUGGACAAAGGCUUUUUAGUAACACCAGAAGCUGCAACAUUUAAUGUGCCUUACCACAUCAGAAGCUUAAACCAGGAGCUUUUACUGUUGCUCAGAUGUUUGUCUUUCACACCGAGAUCUGAAUAAGAAACAGCUGAGUAUUUGUAUACUUUUUCUGCCAGAAAUGUUGUUAUCCUGAGCCACCUUUAUGCUCAUGGACACUGGAUUACUGUACCUUGUCAGUGUGGUGGUUUUCUCCUUUCCACCCUGUCACCUCCUGCACUGACUUCUCCUCUUUAUUCAUUGGUGGCUUUUCAGAGCACUACAGGUCAAUGUGUUAAAAGGUCAGCAUGUGUUUCACAAGCCUGUUAAGCUCUCGUGUCCCUCCUCUUCUGAAGUUUAAAGAGCAACUCUGCUGUUCAGCUAUCCCAAUCUUGUAAAAUUCGUGGAGAUUACUAAUAUUGCUGUAAUUGCUUAAUUGAGAUCAGAUAGAUCAGAUGUUCAUUCCAGAAUAGGCAGCUACAUAAGAAACUGGCUUCUGCCCUAAGUGCCAUGUCAAAAGCCUGGCAAGUGCAUGGUAUCUGGCAGAGCUCAAUCAAGUCAUAAUUAGAAGUGGGAAUGGGAAUUACAUUGCAAAUAUUGUUGGUUUGUUUUUUUUUUUUUUUUGGUUUUUUUUUUUUUUUAAAUAUUGCAUGAAUCUUAACCAAAUGAUCUACCUGGAAAUCCUGACUGGUAUGUGAGACUGAGAAGAAUGACUUUUCAUGCCCUUGCUUGAUGAACAUGUUCAUCCAAACAGGAUUUCUUUAUUUUGGGCUGUGAGUAUGAUUUGUCUGUCUUCACUGAACAACAGCUGCUAAUAUUUGAUAUCUUCAGGACUCAAAAGAAGAGGCUGAAGUAAUGUUCUUAACUUCUGAUUUACAGGAGAAGUGGGGAACUCAGUAUCAAUAAGCUUUUAGAAACAGUUUCAGUAAAAGUAAGAAAACACUUUUUUGUUGUUUAUGAGUGGUACGAUGCAGCAUUUAUAACCAGACUGGUUCUUUCUGUGUGCAGUGGCAAUAGAAACUGAUUAUAUUUGAAAAUUUGUGUUUCAGACUUCAAAUAUUGUUGUCCUUCACUUUUCCUUUUCACUAUCCAUUAGCAUAUGAUAGUCUUAGAAAUGAAGGAGUCUUUAAUGUGGGCUUCUUUAGUACUGUCAUUUCCACACCUGCAACAAUGGAGCAGAGCAGGCCUACUGUACAGCAUUAGUAUGGCUAAAAGCCACUGGAUGCUUUAUUUCUGUACUGACAUUAAACAGGUAUUUUGAAUUA